AUGGAAGAUCACCAGGGGCAACAACAGCAACAACAAGACCCAAAUAAUAGUCCAAACCAACAACAAAGCUCAGAGAAGAGUGAACCCGUGAGGUCUCGAUGGACUCCAAAGCCUGAACAAAUUCUCAUACUUGAAUCCAUCUUCAAUAGUGGCAUGGUGAACCCCCCAAAAGAUGAAACCGUUAGAAUAAGGAAGCUACUUGAGAAAUUUGGAACCGUUGGUGAUGCCAAUGUGUUCUAUUGGUUCCAAAACCGCCGCUCGCGGUCACGCCGCCGUCAACGGCAGAUUCAGGCGACCCUUAAUCAAGUUGGUGGUGCAAAUCACAAUCCAUUUCAUCAUCAUCAUCAUCAAAAUAACCCUUCUGUUGUUGCAAACAUGGGUCUUGGUGGUGUUAGUAAUUCCUCUUUUGCUAACUCUUAUGUCUCUGGUUCCUCUUCUUCAUGUGGCGGUGGUAGCGGUGGUAAUGGCGGCGAAGAAGGGUUGGGUGGUUUAUUUCUACCCUCUACUCAAAUGGAAUUCCCUGAAAUUGAUCAUCAUGCUUCAGCUACAUCGUCACAAGUUUUGUAUCCUUCUGAUGCUCCAAAUAUGAACUACCAAUCUGGAUUUGGGGGGAUUUCAGGAUUCAUCACAGUGUUUAUCAAUGGGGUUGCAACAGAAGUUCCAAGGGGCCCAAUGGACAUCAAAACAGUGUUUGGUGAAGAUGUAAUGUUAGUUCAUUCCUCUGGAGUGUCAGUUCCCACCAAUGAGUUUGGCUUCUUGAUGCAGAGCUUGCAGCAUGGUGAAAGCUACUUUCUGAUGCAACUGGUGUACAACUGCCUCUUUGGCUGUUACAUGGCAAUUCUAGCUGCGGAUGGUGACCUCCCUCCAUCACUUAAUGGUGACCAGACAUAA